CUCCAAUCCACGUUUUUGAGUAAUCCAGUCCAUGUUUGUCGAAAUUCCUACCACUAUCGCAGCUGACUGGCAGCUCUUGUUUACUGGCCAGAGACACUAAAGAGAGAGACGGAGAGAAAAAAAAAGAAAAGAAACUUAAAAGUUUUUUUUCCUUUUCGUUAAAUCUCACGGUUUAAGCCUAACUUAUUCUGUAGACUUGCUUUUGAAAUAAUUAUCUAUAUUAUUCGUGGCUACGGGGUCGUUCUCGGAAAAAUAAAAAGUCUGUCAAGUAGACAAGAAGGAUUAAACACUGGAGUUUUCCACAGUUCGGGAGCUUUAUGCGGCCUGAUGACAUUACUAGUAGUAGUAGUAGUAUUUGCGAAUUGGUCUGAUUUUGGUUUGAAACACAGUACCGUCGUAAUUCCUAACUGUCUGCGUACUUCUGGCAUUCUUCAUUUCCAGAGCAAUACUUAAAGAAAGCUAUUUAGAAAGGGAAAUGUUUCGUUUAAGAAGACCAGCAGAGAGUGGACAUCGGGGAUUUUUUUCCUAGAAUUUCACUUGAAAUCAGAAACGGGGUUUUGCGUGUUUUUUUUUUCCUAAUAAUUUCUAAAGCAGUUAUUUCCUGCAAUAAAUGAAAAGGAAAAAAAGUUGACAGAACAUCUCUACAAGAGACACAUGUUGAAGUAGAACUUGUUUUGAAGUGCUACUUACCUGGGAGGAGGGACGGCUGUAAUUUUUUUUUAAUCCUGCAGGAAGCAGUGAAUUAGAUAUUGAAAACAAAAACAGGUGCUAAGAUCUGUGUGUGUAUUUAUUUUUUUUAACAAACGCAAUAUAGUUUUAAAACUAUUUCUGCGAGAACUUGAAUUCUUAACAGAAGAUUUUAUGUUACCCCUUUAUUGGGCCUCACAGAAGGUGGUUCGAGGCCGUUUUUCAACCUUGUAUCUUCAGACUGGCAAAUAAGAUGUGGAUAUAAACACCACAAAAGUUUUUUCCCCCAAGGUUGUUUACAUUCGGGAUUAUCGAGCUGUUUUUUUCCCUAAAGAAAAGGCAUCAUCAAGAUAAUUAUCCAUUGGAAAAGAGGGAUAUCUUUCCUUGCUGCUAUUGGGAGUAUAUGUGCAAACUGAUUCUGUUUUGGUCGAGAGAAUGGGUUAUAGUAUACGGAUUCUAAUUUUAAUAGUCUUUGGUUUCUUUAUUGGAUAUUGCCUUGCACCUGUAAAUGGAGAAAUUUGCAAGGACAUGGAUAUCCGAAACAAUGUCACAAAUCUGCAAAUCUUGGAGAACUGUACUGUAAUAGAAGGCCGACUGCAGAUCUUACUGAUGUUUAAGACAAAACCUGAAGAUUUCCGCAAAGUUAGUUUUCCAAAACUUGUUAUGAUUACUGACUAUCUGCUGCUUUUCCGAGUCUAUGGUCUGGAGAGCUUGCGGGAUUUGUUUCCAAAUCUGACUGUGAUACGGGGCACGCGCCUUUUCUUCAACUAUGCUCUUGUCAUAUUUGAGAUGGUUCACCUGAAAGAGAUUGGACUGUAUAACUUGAUGAACAUUACCCGGGGUGCAGUACGAAUUGAAAAAAAUGCUGAACUGUGUUACGUGUCCACAGUUGACUGGUCCAAGAUUCUUGAUUCUAUGGAAGAUAACUAUAUUGUGGCAAAUAAAGAUGAUAAGGAAGAAUGUGGAGAUAUCUGUUCAAGGUUAGAACAGAAGAGUCCGUGUCAGUCUACUGUCCUGAAUGCUGUGUUCAGUGAACGCUGUUGGUCGCAAGACAGAUGCCAGAGAAUCUGUCCAAAUAUAUGCAAAGGCCGAAGUUGUACGCCAGACCUCAAAUGUUGCCACACAGAGUGUCUUGGAAGCUGCUAUGAACCUGAGAAUCCUCAGAAGUGUGUAGCCUGUCGUCACUUCUUGGAUAGUGAUGGUGUCACAUGUGUGGAAACCUGUCCAAAGGGACUUCUCAAGUUUGCAGGAUGGCGCUGUGUGACAUUUGAUUUUUGUCAGGAUCUCCAUAACAAGUGUAAAAAUCAAGAGGGUAGCUGCCACCAAUAUGUCAUUCAUAACAACGAAUGUGUUCCUGAGUGUCCUUCUGGUUACACUACUAACUCCAGCAAUCUUCAUUGUUCUCCGUGUGCUGGCCCCUGUCCCAAAGUCUGCAAUGUGGGUGGUAAAAAGGCAGUUGAUUCUGUGAAUUCUGCACAAGAGCUCCGUGGAUGCACAGUCAUAAAUGGUAGUUUAGUUAUCAAUAUACGUGGUGGAAAUAACAUAGCUGCAGAGCUGGAAGCAAACCUUGGUCUUAUUGAAGAAAUCACUGGCUUCCUGAACAUUCGCCGCUCCUAUGCUUUAGUGUCAUUAUCUUUUUUCCGUAAACUGAGACUGAUAAGAGGGCAGACCCUCGAAGGAGACAAUUUUGCAUUCUAUGCACUGGACAACCAGAAUCUGAGGCAGCUGUGGGACUGGAACAAACACAACUUGACAAUUAAACAAGGGAGGCUCUUCUUUCAUUAUAACCCUAAACUCUGCUUGGCAGAGAUUCACAAGAUGGAAGAAGUAACUGGAGCAAAGGGACGUCAAGAAAGAAAUGAUAUAGCUUUAAAGACCAAUGGUGACCAGGCCUCAUGUGAAGACCAGCAAUUGAAGUUCACCGUGAUUAAGAUGGGUUCUGACAAAGCAGUGCUGAAAUGGGAACCGUUUUGGCCUCCAGAUUUUCGUGAUCUCCUAGGCUUCAUGGUUUUCUACAAGGAAGCUCCCUACAGAAAUGUGACAGAGUUUGAUGGGCAAGAUGCUUGUGGAUCCAAUAGCUGGACGGUGUUGGAUGUUGAACCACCUAAUCGCUCAGGUGAUGCAAAAAAUGCAGUACCUGGAACACUUCUUCGAGGACUCAAACCUUGGACUCAGUAUGCGGUCUUUGUUAAAACCCUUCUCACUUUUUCUGAAGAUAGGAAGGCUUAUGGUGCAAAGAGUGACAUCAUCUAUAUCCGUACUAAUGCUGGCACUCCUUCAGUUCCUAAUGAUGCUGUAUCAGUAUCCAAUUCAUCAUCCCAAAUCAUCUUGAAGUGGAAACCACCAUCAGAGCCAAAUGGCAACAUCACACAUUAUCUGGUAUACUGGCAACAGCAGUCAGAGGACAACGAGCUGUAUGCACGUGACUACUGCCUAAAAGGCAUGAAAGUGCCAGUACGGCCACAUUCUCCUGCAGAACCUGAGGAUGGAAAUAAACAAAAUCAAACAGAUCAGCAAGAUAGCGGUGGAAACUGUUGUGCAUGUCCAAAAACUGACUCUCAGAUACAGAAGGAGUUAGAGGAAUCUGCUUUUCGGAAAACAUUUGAAAAUUACCUCCAUAAUGAGGUGUUUAUGCCUAGACCCUCUCGAAGACGUCGACAGGUUGGAAGUGUGGCCAAUAGCACCUUUGUAGAAUCCAGUACUGCUCCUCAUUUGACAGGAAAUGGAUCUUCCACUGAGAGCACAGAAAAGAACUACCAACAGCACCAUGAGAAGGUUAAUCAUAAAGAAUCCCUUGUUAUCUCAAACCUUCGCCAUUUUACAGCUUACAGGAUUGAAAUCCAUGCGUGCAACCAUGACCAUGACUAUGAGGUAGUGAGGUGUAGCAUGGCCACCUAUGUUAGUGCAAGAACAAUGCCUGAAGCUAAAGCUGAUAACAUUAUUAAGCCCAUCAUGUCUCAAGUGAUGGAUAAUGUUGCUCAUCUGGAAUGGCAUGAACCAGAAAAUCCAAAUGGACUGAUUAUUCAUUAUGAUGUUCAUUAUCGACGACUUUCGGACAGUGAGGAUCUUACAGUCUGUGUGUCACGCAAGCAAUAUGAGAUGGACCAUGGUUGUAAACUGAGAGGCUUGCAGUCUGGGAACUAUACUGUAAGAGUUCGAGCCACAUCAUUAGCUGGAAAUGGUUCGUGGACUGAGCCCUCACAUUUUUCUGUACCUGCAGCGGAUCCACCGACCGGUUUUGCACCAGUUAUUAUUGCUUCUAUAAUAAUAUGCGCCAUAUUUGCAUUUGUUGUCAUACUGAUUGCUGUGUUAGUGGUGAAAAAGAGGCAGACAGAAGGACCAACUGGGCCACUGUAUGCUUCCUCUAACCCAGAAUACCUCAGUGCUAAUGAUAUGUAUGUCCCAGAUGAUUGGGAGGUGUCGAGAGAAAAGAUCAGUCUGCUUCGAGAGCUGGGUCAGGGGUCGUUUGGUAUGGUGUAUGAAGGAAUUGCUAAGGAUAUCGUAAAAGGAGAACCAGACACUCGAGUAGCAGUUAAGACUGUUAAUGAAUCAGCCAGCCUAAGGGAACGUAUAGAGUUUUUAAAUGAAGCUUCUGUAAUGAAGGCUUUCUCUUGUCAUCAUGUGGUACGACUGCUGGGAGUAGUUUCAAAAGGACAACCAACCUUGGUUGUUAUGGAAUUAAUGACUCACGGUGACCUGAAAAGUUAUCUGCGUUCUUUGCGACCAGAUGCUGAGAAUAACCCAGGACGGCCUCCUCCUAGUCUUCAGGAGAUGAUUCAGAUGGCAUCUGAAAUAGCAGAUGGUAUGGCAUACUUAAAUGCAAAGAAGUUCGUUCACAGAGAUCUUGCAGCUCGUAACUGCAUGGUUGCUGAGGAUUUGACAGUGAAGAUUGGAGAUUUUGGCAUGACAAGAGACAUCUAUGAAACAGACUAUUAUCGUAAAGGAGGUAAAGGUCUUCUUCCUGUCCGAUGGAUGGCACCUGAAUCUUUAAAGGAUGGUGUUUUUACUACAUUUUCUGAUGUGUGGUCGUUUGGAGUGGUCCUGUGGGAAAUCAGCACCUUGGCAGAACAACCUUAUCAGGGCCAGUCUAAUGAGCAAGUGUUAAAAUUUGUUGUUGAUGGAGGGUGCCUGGAGCAACCAGAGACCUGUCCAGAAAAACUACACAACCUGAUGCAAAUGUGCUGGCAGUAUAAUCCAAAAAUGCGUCCAUCAUUCAUAGAAAUUAUCGAAAUGCUAAAAGAUGAACUUCAUCCGAGUUUUAGAGAGGUCUCAUUCUUCUACAGUGAAGAAAACAAGCCUCCAGAGAUUGAUGAAUUUGACAUGGACUUCGAAAACAUGGAAAGCAUUCCUCUGGAUCCUUCAUAUUCUCAACGGGAUGAUCUGCGUAAGGAUAAUGGGCCAUCUUUGGGCCUGCGUGGGAACUAUGAAGAGCAUAUACCAUAUAACCACAUGAAUGGUGGGAAGAAAAACGGCCGCAUCAUAUCCUUACCGAGGUCCAGUCCUUCCUAACAUUACCUGUAGUCUUUUGUGCCAUUUUUUUUUUUUUUUUGUCAGACCCUCCAGAAUCUCAGGACAGUUCAUCACUGCUGCCACAGUGUGAGACACAACAGAAUACAGACUGCGUAUUCAUACUUUUUGUAAUCAUCUUUUUGAAUUCUGUUGCCAAGUUAACUGGCUUUUGUUGGUGGACUUAACUGUGAACCGAAGUGGAAAAAAUAAGUUUCCAUGGCUGCUGUCUCCUUUUCUUUUUGUAACGAUGCUUUCAUAGUAGGAAGUGGCCUUCUUAAGUCUGUAGCCUCAAGAUAAAAUAUGCCAACUUGUACAAGAAGAAAAAAUGGGGGACUCUACAGCAAAAGAAUCAUAAUUUCUAAAAUGCAGGAAAAAGACUGUUUUCAUUAGAAUUCCAAACUUCACAGAUCUGGCAUCAGAAUUUUUUUUCUUUAUUUUUGCAUUAUGACUGAAGGAAUUUUAACAGAACAUUGAUUGGACAACAGUUCCUUAGACUGACCAAUAGCUGCUGCUUUUAUAUUUUGUGGGUAUAAAAACUUGUAUAAAAAUAUAAAUAUACAAAUGUGUGAUUAUAUGUGCUUGUGUACAUAUGUAUGUAUAUAUGUGUGUGUAUAUAUAAAAUGUCUUCACACACAUAUAUUUGCAUAUAUCAGUGACAUUUUGUACAUAAUGUUCUAUGGUUUUUAUCAAAUAUGCUUUGAAAGUCUAUCCUUGGGAGUUUGUAAGGUUUUAUUGAAAUGGGAUAAUAUUCUCCAUAAACAGACUUAAUUAUUUUUGUAUUUAACAGACUGCCGUUAGUAGUCCUCUUAUCAUUGUAGGGGAUGUCCGUGUUGAGAGCCAAAGGUUUGGGGUAACACUCAGGGUUUUAGAUCUGGCUUUAAGACCAAACAGAAUUAAAAACAAAAGUAACUUGUGCACAGGACAUAUAUAUGUGAAUUGGUUACUUUGCAUAGGUUAAUCUUGAAAGUGAUAACACAUUUGGCAUAAUUUAUGGUUAUUGUUGCAGGCAUUCAGUAUUUAUAACUUGGCAAAGAGUAGCAUUUUAACAUUUUGAAGAUAUUUUGGUCAUCAUAAAUGCAGAAACCCAAUUCUGUUUGGUCUUAAAAAGGGGCCUUGAUGAUUUAAGAAUGUAGCAACUAUAACUGAUCACUGUAACAAGUCAAAAGCACAUGUUUUUAUUUGCUGACUGUAUGGGUUUAGGUUUAGUAAUAAAUAGGCCUCACCAGCUAAAACUCUUAUGACCUAAGUAGCUGUAUCCUACUUGGGCUUGUUACAGGUUGGCAUCACUGCCCUGGUAUUCUCCUGCUCACUCUGUGCAUUAAGAGAGUAAGUCACUGGGUUAGCUUUUUUUUGAAUAUACCUUCCAACAAACUAUGUGAUCGCAAGGCUCCUUUCUAUACAUUUAAAUGCCAAUAAGGUGAUGUAGAUGUUUAAGAAAAGCAAUGGGUUAACCCAUGAGAUCAGGUUUGUUAAAAUUAAAUACAUUACUGCUGGACUUGCCAUUUAUUUUGCCAUGGUCUGCAUAAUCCAGUGAGUAUACUAAUAUGUUUUUCACAUAAAAAGUUACAUUAAUUUAUCAGUGAAUUUGCCAAAGGGACAUUGUCAUCCCAGAAAGCCUGAAUGUAACAAGCACAAUUCUUUUGGUCCAACAGAAGGUGUCCCAAAUUUUGUGAAUUACAUUUUCCAAGGACUAGCAUUGCUGCCAGUGUUUGUCCUGCAUUGUUAUGUUUUUGAAAUAUAUAAGUUAAUUUCAUAAACUUGAUUAAUAGCUAUCUGUAAUCAAAUGUCUGACUAGUAGGUGAGUGCAGCUCUUAUUUCUCACAAGAUACAGCACAGAAGAGUAUGGUAUGGGGGCAAUUCAUAAUUCUUACUUCACGUCAAUUUCUGAUGCUGUUUGAGGGAUUUAAUUUUUUCUUCACAACAGCAAAGAAAAAUCUGUCCAUUAUCAAAAUUUGAUCCUUAGUGCUGCAUACGAUUUAUGAUUUCUGUUUGGCAUUGCAUAUUGUGCUGUAAAAUCCAUUUUAUUUUAUGCAUUUUCUUUUUAGCAUCCUUAAAACAACUUCUAGCAAGAAUGUUAAUGUAUUUUGUAUGUCCUUUGUGUAGUGCUGUGUGUCUCUAGCCCUAGUCACUUUUUGUGUUGUCCACUGUGCUUAUGUUUUGCCAUUGCUGCUACUGUAUGUUAUUAGUAAAAUCUUGAUUGUUUUUUGUA